UCUCCAGAUCACUCAGGAUUUUAUCCAGGUGUUUGGAUGCCUUCAGUUCCUCUGACAAGAAGGAUGCGAGACGAAACAGAUAAGAAAUGCCUGGAACCAUCUGAAACCGUGCAGCAAAUGCUGAAGGAAAUGAUGCAGGGAAAACAAGAUGUGGAUGGAGAGGCGGUGCUGAAGGCGGCAUUUCCCGGAGUCUCCAUUGCAGAUUGGGGUCGCGACAUGGAUAAUCUGGAAGCCCUGCUGGAAUAUGGUUUGAAAUUCUUGGAGGAUGUCUUUGCAGCUGAACCCGCUGGGGAAGGUGAUCUUGUGUUCCAACCCACAUCCAGGACUGAGCAUGAGGAAAAUGGUGAGGAAAUGAAACCAGAGGUUGUGCAGAAGGAAGCAUUUCCCAGAGGAAGCAGUGGUUCUGUGCCAGCCUCUGCUGUAGGAAGGGAGGCCAUGACAGGUCAGGCUCCUAGGAAGGCUUCUCCAUUAGCUUGGCUGCAUAAAGGUCUGAAGCCCUUGGAGCCUCCUGCAGGGAUCUCUUUUCCAGCUCCCUUUCUGAGUCGUACACGCAAGCCCAGUUCCCAUCGCAAGGGUCUACCAACAGGAAAGAUCCGAGACACAGUAAACAAGAAAACCCUGGAACCACCCGAAGCCACAGAGCAAAUGCUGAAGGAAGUGCUGCAGGGAAAACAAGUGAUGGACCCAAAGUCUGUGCAGAGGGAGGCAAUUCCCAGAGGAAACAGUGGCUCAGUGCCAGCCUCUACUGCUGGAGGGAAAGCCAUGCCAGGCACAGAAGAUGGGGUUGCUCGGAAGGCUCCUCCCUUUGCCUGGCAGUAUAAAGUUUUGAAGCCCUCAGUACCUCCUGCAGGUAUGUUCUCAGCAUCCCACCAAGGAAUAAUUUUUAGCAACCUGGAAAGAACCAGGUGUCAGAAGAUUCUGGGUCUGUUGAAUUACAGAUGUUUCUGCAAGAAGGACUUCCCCAGCUUCCAUGCUGGAUUCUGCACACAAGCCCAUCAGCCAUCUCAGUGGUCCUCCAACAGAAAUGACGAAACACACGACAGACAAGAAAUCCCUGAGGCCAUUUGAAGUCAUGAAGCAAAUGCUGAAGGAAAUGCUGCAGGGAAAACAAGAUGUGGAUGGAGAGGCGGUGCUGAAGGCGGCAUUUCCCGGAGUCUCCAUUGCAGGAAGGGAGGCCAUGCCAGGCACAGUC